AUGAAAGGGAAUCAUCCGAGGUUACUCCCUUAUUUAGUUGCUGUUAAUCCUAUCAACUAUGGUCGUCCUUGUAAACUCUCUUGUGUUGAAGCUUUUGCUGCUACCCUUUAUAUCACAGGUUUUAAGGAAAUUGGAGAGAUUUUACUAAAGAAAUUCAAAUGGGGUCCAAAUUUCUUCAAACUAAAUGAAGAAUUACUGGAUGCUUAUGCAAACUGUGAUUGCAGUGCUGAUGUGAUCAAAAGCCAAAAUGCUUAUCUGAAGAAAAUUGAACAAAUCAAAAGAGAAAGAGAUGACAUUGAUAUGUUUGAUACUUCUUUAGAAAAUUUCAACCCUAACAGAGGAAUCAACAAACCUUACUUAACUGACUCCAAUAUUGAGGACUCAAGUGUAGAUGAAUCAGGCAGCAAUGAAGAAGAAGAUGAUGAUGAUGAUGAUGGAGACUAUAGUGAAGAAGAGUCACCUCUUUUUUCUUUUCUAUCUCCUGUGACUCACAAUUUCUCAUUCCUUCUCUACAAAUCUUUCUGA